CUUGAAAUUUCAAAAUCAAAACCUUUUAAAAUCCCAUCCUAAAGCACAUGUAUUAAAUAUGGUUUUUGCAGCAUGUUGCAAGCGACACACCACCUUACUUAAUCCCGCCCAGCGGCAACGCCUCUUAAUUGGCCCUGCUUGGAACUGUGUCAGAUCAUUAAACUUUAGCACUUUCGCUGCAUCUACGUAGCCUCUGCCGCCGCAUACAGGCGCUAAUCACUCAACAAUGCAACGGCGACAAGUGGCAUGCCGCAAGCGGACUAAACUAAAUAAAAUUAGCCGUCUGCAGCAGCAGAGUCAUGUCACUUCAAGUCGUGGCAAAUACAAUGGGUAUACUUUAAUUCAGUGCAAUCGGAAACGUCAAAGCGUCAACAACGCGUCAAAAGCAAUAAAUAUUUUCAAAUAUUUUUGAAUGGAAUAACAUUUAAAUUUUAUAAAAAACAAUUAAAGUGGAUUUUCUCAAAUCGCUUUGUGAGAUACGUUCGUAUACUUUUGCGCCGGACUUUGACGAAAGUGCAGCAGCAGCAGCAACAACACCAGCGCCACCACAGUGUCCGUCCAACAUGAAACGUUUCAAUUGUUUCAGCUUACGUUCAUUUGGCAUUGUUGUUGCCGGCUUUGAUAUCAUCGUGGGCUUAUGCACGCUGGCACUUUGCUCCUACUACCUAUGGACCGACUACGUGCAGGUGUCGUAUUGGCCGCAGGAUGAAGUCAAAAUAUUAAGUCCGUUAAGUAAUUUCAUUGCAAUAGUUGUUGACUAUGUACUCGUUCAUAAUUUCUCCAACGCCUUCUAUAUGGUAUUGGCAGUUACAAUUUGGAUAAAAUCCUUGAUCAAUUUAGUUGUUGCUUCCAUACUCAUGGAUGGUAUAAGAAAGCAACGUCUUGUUUGCAUUGCUCCCUGGCUGAUUAACACCUCGAUCUCGAUUGGUAUUGAGAUAGCCGUAUUUGUAUUCAUGGAAAUUAAAAUGAAUGAAUUCGAAGAGGAAAUUGCAUUGGAUCGACGCAUUGUACACAGUGUGAUUUUCGGCGUAUUUAUGGUUUUCAAUGCGCUCUCUUUAUUCGGCAUCUCGGCACUAUACAAAAUGCUCAAGGCAACGGUCAAUGAGAAUCGUACACUACAGGAGAGUAUUGUGGAAGCAGCUGGGCUCUAUCAGCAUGUUAAAGUUUAAAUUUGUCGUAGAUUCGUCGCGAAUUUCGGCAAUAUUUGCAGCGUUUGUUAGCACGAUGAAACAACAAUUUUGGUUAUGGGCGUGUUGUUCAUUUAAAAAUGCAUUUAUUUAGCAAAAAAAUUGAAAAACUUUAAUAUAAAAAAUGUAAAACUGCCAAAAUAAAUAAAACAGUGCUCUUGGGAAACAUAGUUAGAAA